AUGGCGUCACAGAAACGAGACAUAAGAGCUUUUUUCACUUCUGCCCAAAGGUAUUUUAUUUAUAUCUUGUACUGACGUUCUACUCAAACACUGAAAUAAGUUUUCUUGAAUAUUUAAUAAAUUACUAUCUGACACCAUUUGCAUUUACAAUCAUUUACAUAACAAAACAUCAAUAAAUUUGCAUGUUUGCAUAAUUGCAUGUUGUGAUGUUGAAUGCACUCUUGAUUCUACAAUCUACAGUAUAUCAUUUUGGAUAAUUAACAGGCCCGAAGCACUGGAAGCAGUGGAAGGAGUAUCAAGAAAUUCAGAUAAUUCUGUCGAUGAAUUAAACGAUCAUCUAGAUGAAGAUCAUGAAGUUGCAGUGAACUUGGAAAUGGACUCUGAUAUG